AUACGACACGCAUAAAACCAGUAAAGUUCAAACAAAAAGAAAUCAAAUAAAAACGAAACACAAAUCUUGGAGUAGCUUCAAAUUUCUAUAUAAAUAGAAAAUAGUUAAAAGCCAAUAAUAAUAAAUAACUAAAUAUAAUCGCAAAAGUGUUUUACACUAGCCAACAAAAGCACAAAACACAAAAAGUUGAUACCAAGCCAUACAAAAUAAACAAAAACAAAGCAAAGAAUUUUUGGAUUGAUUAACUACCUCAAAAAAAACUGGAAAAGAGCCCGAAAAAGUGAACAGGAAAAAGUGUACAAAAACAGUUACAAAAUAAACUAAUUAAAAAUUAAAUUAGAGCUCAUAGAAAACUAAAGGACUUGCAAGUAGUUUUCAAGGACAUUUGAAGCAAGUAAAAAUCACACAAGUAAGCAAACAAUAAAUCAACAAAAAGCAGCCAAGGCACGUAGUGAGAUUUGUUGCACGUCCAGCCACACACCCCACCCAUCACAGCCCCCCGCACGCAGUGAAUCAUAACUGCGUAGCCAUGCCACAGUCCGUGCUUAAAUGGCGUCUUCAAUAUUAGCCCAAAGCCAGAGCACAGGAGGCGGUAACGUCGACAGCAGCAGCAGCAGCAGCAGCAUCACUGUUCAUCCCACUGUGGCAGGGGCAGCAACUUCUGUGGCAGCAGCCGUAUCCGGAUUGCACAAUACGCACUUGAACCAGCUGAGCAGCCUCAGCCAGCACUACACAGCGCCAUAUCAUCAUCAUUACCACGCACAGCAGCAGCAGCAGCAGCAGCAGCAGCAGCAACACUACCAGCAACAGCAGCAACAUUGGGAGUACUAUGAGAGGCAGCAGCAGCAGCAGACAGCGGCCGCCACAAGCUCCAACGGGAACAACAGCAACAACAACAACAACGAGACAGCGGUGCCUGCGCCUUUGGGCAGCGGUCAUGCUAGUGCUGCCAAUGGCCAUGACCAUGGUGGGCACAAUGAUGCCAAUUCUAAUGCCAUUUCCGCCGCCACCACCGGAGGAGGAGUAGCAGGUGGCAACAGCAACAGCACCAACGCCAACUCAAACGCCAACGCAAACGCCAACUCAAAUUCCAAUUCAAAUUCCAACGGAAGCUAUACACGUCCGUGGGAAAUGGAGUCCAAGGAUAGCGGACAACAAAACCAAAAUCCAAACCCAAACCCAAACCAAACCCAAAGCCAAACGCAUCUCCAGCAGCAGCAGCAGCAACAGCAACAGCAGCAAUUGCCUUUGAAGAGUGGCUUUGAGCCAUUUUCCAAGCUGCCAUCGUUUCAGAGCCAGUUUCAUGGGUUCAAUGAUCAGCUGAUGCCGGAUGGGACACCCAUGCCCAUACCCAUGGCAGCAGCGGCAGCAGCAGCGGCGGCAGCAGCGGCCGCAGCAGCCACAGGAGGAGCAGCGGCUGGAGCACCACCAAUGAGCUCCCUGCAAACGGUGGCCAUGUCACCGGCCAGCAUCUCAGUGAGUUCGCCGGGCAUGAUGAGCGUGGGUUCGCCACUGACGACGACCCAGCUGCCGGGCUCCAUGCAGACGAGCAUUACGCCACCGUCGGGUGGGUCCAGUUUUCCGGCACCACCGCCGCCGAAUGCCUUCCAUCAUCAUGCGCUGAAUCCGCACCAUCAUCGCGGCGCUGGUGGGUAUCCGCUGGUGCCAGCUCCGGCGGCUGCCUACGCGGAUCUUCAGCUAUAUUCGGGAUUUGCGCCGCUAAUCAAGAAGGAGCCGAGCGGGGGAGGAGGAGGCAGCAGCGAUUUCGAGAUGCUGAUUAAGAAGGAGGACUUUGAUCUCAGCAACAGUGGGGGUGGUGGCGGGAACAGCCUGGGUCUCGGCCUCAGCCACUUGCCACAUCCGCAUCCACAUUCGCUCCAGCAUCCGCACGCACAUCCGCAUGGCCAUCCGCUGGUGAAGAAGGAGCCGGCCACCGAUUUCGAGAUGAUGCUGAAAAAGGAAUCCUUUGAUCUCGGCAACAGCCAUGGCCUCGGACACGGCCACCUGCCGCAUCCGCAUCCACAUUCGCUCCAGCAUCCACUGCAGCAUCCGCAUGGACAUUCGCACGGUGUCACGCCCAUGGGCAUGCAUACGCCCACGUCGUACGAUGGCAACAAUAGCAACAGCUAUCCGCAUGCAACCACCACGGGAUCGAGCAGCACCGGCAGCCAUACACCCCACACGACACAGCCGCACACGCCCACGCCCUCGCACACGCCCAUGCCCACGACGACGACGCCCAUCAAGGUGGAGAAGCUGCUGCAGUCGCCGAUAGCACGGCUGGAGGCGCGCAAAAAGGAGCGGCGGAAACAGCGGCCCAAUUCGCUCGAGUCCAGCGCCGAGAGUGAGGCCAGCGGCAUGGACGUGGACCCCAGCAAUCCUGGCCAAGUGGACGCCGUCUCCAGUACGGCGAAUUUCAAGAGUCCACUGAGCGCCCUCGGCAUGGGGGACAGCAACGAUGGCAAUGCCCAUGGAUGCGAUAAGCAGUCGAAGAAGAAGCGCAAACGCUGCGGCGAAUGCGUUGGCUGCCAACGCAAGGACAACUGCGGGGAGUGCGCCCCCUGCCGCAACGACAAGAGCCAUCAGAUCUGCAAGCAGCGACGCUGCGAAAAGCUCACCGAGAAGAAGGAACCCAAAGCCAAAACCAUAAUUUAUGGAGCCGAUGGUCAGCCCGUUCGACCCGAUUCGAAACGCGGCCGCGGCAAGGGAAAGUCAGCCGGAAAUAACGGAAAUGCCGGCGCCAAUGCCACAGGAAUCAAUGCUGCAGGCAAUGGGACACCAACAACUGGGCAGUCACGCGCCCGCAAAACCUCCACCAAAGCAAAUAAACUGAGUGCAGCCGCUGCAUCAGCCACAUCGCCCCGUCUAAGUCCAUCGCCGGCAGCAACAUUGUUGCCGCAGCAAUCGCCAAAUACCACAACAGCAACAGUUCCAGCCACUGGAGUUGCUAGUCUGCAGCAUCAGUCGCAGCAGCAGCAACAAUAUCAGCAGCAUCAGCAGCAGCAGCAGCAACUGUUGACACAGCAGCAACUUUUGUCGCAACAGCAGCAGCAGCAGCAGCAACAAUAUCCGCAGCAGCAGCAGCACUUCCAGCAGCAGCAGCAGCAACAUUUGCAGCAGCAGCAACACGCACAGCAGCAGCAGCAACAUCAGGCGCAGCAGCAGCAACAUUUGCCACAGCAGCAGCAACAUCAGAUAACAGCACAAAUUCAAACCAUGAAGGAUCAACCGCAACAGCCAAUGGCACCCAUGGCCUUUUAUCCCACAUGGCAGGCGGAUCCGUCGCAGGGCUGGCAGAACCAGUUCAUACAGCAGAUACCACAGAACAGCCCGGCCAUCACGUCGCUCAACUCGCUGGACUUUCAGACGCAAUCGUACGCGUAUCCCUCCAACGGCUACGUGCAGUCGGGCCUCGGCUUCGAUCCCAACUACGGCCGCUCGCCGUAUGCGGCGCCAGUGCAGCGCUACGACUUCCAGAGCCAGCAGCUGUCCACGGCGCCCUCGGCCAUCAAUCAGGUGGGGCUGCAGAGUGUCGCGGGCUUCGCGCCGGGCAGCGUGAGUUAUGCCGGACAGGUGUCCACGGCCCCAGCACCGCCCUCGUCCUCGGUGGGUGGACUGCAGCAGCAGCAGCAGCAGCAGCAGACGCAACAGCAGUCCCAGCAGCAGCAGCAGCAGCAGCAUUUGGGCGCUGAUCUGAACAAGACGAUGUCGGGAAACGACACGCCUGGAUAUCCGCGGGUGAGCAGCGUGCCGCCGCGCUCACUCAACUGUAACGGGUAUUCAGGCGACUACAGCGGUCCCAACAGCAGCAACAGCAGCAGCAGCAGCAACAACAACAGCAGCAGCAGCAACAAUCCCAGCAACAACAACGCGACGGCAGCAGGCGGUGGAGGCACCAGCACGCCCGCCCCACCAGCCACAGUGGCACAGCCCGCGUCGUCGCCGAUGCAGCCACUCCCCAAUCAAGGCCAGCCCCUGGCAGUGCCCCAGAGUCCAACGAGGACGAGUCUCAUCCAGCAGCAGCAGCAGCAGCAGCCACGCCUCGUGUCCCAGUCCCCGACCGGCAACGGACUGCAGCCCUAUGUGGCGCCACAGCAGCAGCAGCAGCAGGGGCAGGGGCAGGGACACCUCUCCUCGCCACCCAUGCAGGACUGGAACUGGCAGCAGCAGCAACAACAGCAGAUGGCAGGCGAAGGCUAUCCGCAGGGGGAGCGCGUGCAUCUGAACACGCGCAUCAAGUCGAUGAUUAUGCGGAAGAGCGAUCCCAAGGAUCCGCCGCCCGACCACCAGCUGCAGGGCGCAGGCUCAGUGGCAGCCACCAGCCAGCCGCAGAGCCAGCAGCAGCAGCAGCAGCACCAGCAGACCGGUCAUUUUUUAUCGUAUAGCCACCACCUCCGGCCCGAGGCGGCGCUGAGCGCCAACGGACCGAGCAGCGCCCCACCGCACCAGCAGCAGCAGCAACAGCAGCAGCAGCAGCAGCAGGGAGCGGCGGUAGCGGGCGCUGCCGAGCCGAUCGGAGGUGGUGGCGACCACAUCUGGAAGCCGCACCACGCCCAGUCGUUUAAGAAGCCGACUGUGGCCGGGGGCGGCUACCCGGGAGCGGAUGCCCAGCUGCAGUUGCAGCUGCAGCAGCACCAGCCAGGACAGCACACGACCAUCAGCCACGCAGAGUUGCCGCCACAGCCCGUGCCGCCGGUGCCACUGCCGCUGGCACAGGCCCCGCCACCGCCUCCGCCCGUUGCACAGCCCAAGAAGUCGCGCAGUCGCAGCAAGGCGAGCCGGGCAGCAGCGGCAGCAGCAGCCGCCGCGGAGGCGGCAGCGGAGAUUGACAGAGACCGAAAUGCCACGGACCCGGGAGGUGGAUUGAAGCCCGGCCUGGGCGCACACUACCCGCACCCGCAUCCUGCGGCCGGGCAGGAGUAUCACGGGCAGUACAUCAAGACGGAGCCGGGUCUGCCCCCGCCGCCGGGCGGCAUGCCCGGGCAGCCCAACAAGAUGGAGGGCUACGAGCGCAACUACCAGAACUUCAUUCAGUACGCGGACUUUUGCCAGAACGAUGGCCAGGGGCAGCCGGUGCAGCAGCACGGACAUGGCCACGGACACGGCCACGGACACGGACACGGACACGGGCACGGACACGGGCAGCAGGAGUACGGCGGAUACCAUCACAACUCGGCGUACUAUGGCGCCGGAGCGAGCAGCUUCCAGCAGAACUUCCAGCAGAACUUUGUGCCCGGCUACCAGCACUCGACGUACGGGGGCAGGGGCAAGCCGCCGCCCGGCAACAAUCCGCACCAUGGCCACGGGCACGGGCAUGGGCACGGGCACGGGCACGGGCAGAGCAUGCUGGAGCUGGACCGCAAGCCGGACACGAACAGCAUCAUUCCGCUGCCCACGAACUACGAGAAGGACAUACCAGCCCACGCCUAUCCCAUUCCCCCGCAUCGCUAUGCCCUGACGCACGGAGCGCCGCCGCAUCUCAGCCACCACGGAAUGCUCGAGCCAAAGCUGGAGGACAUGGGCAUGCUGGGCCACGGCCACGGGCAUGGCGGCGGUGGGGGCGGGUACACCUAUCUGGGCGAUGGCAAACCGCUGAACAAUGGCUUCUCGUGCUGCCGCCAGGGCGGCACGCGGCCACCCACGGCCGAGCAUCUGAAGGACGGCACCUGCCUGGGGCUGGGCAUCCAGCCCAAGGAGGAGCUGCUCGACGAGGAUGAGCUGGCGGAGGCGCACAACGGCAUGAAGCCCGGUGCCGCGGGCAAGGCCAAGGGCAAGCAGAAGCCCGACGAGAUACCCGAGAUCAUCGUGAAGCACGAGAAGAUCAAUCCGCUGUUCGACACAACGGAUCGGCUGGAGAAGGGCAACAAGACGGAGAUACCCGAGUGCGAGUGCUUCCAGUCCGACAAGAAUCCGCCAGAGCCGGGCACCUACUACACGCAUCUUGGAACGGCCUCCUCCCUCAUGGAGCUGCGACGCGAAUUCGAGGAUCGGUGUCAGCUGACGGGUCGGCAAUUGCGCAUCGAGAAGAUCGUCUACACGGGCAAGGAGGGCAAGACCUCGCAGGGCUGUCCUGUGGCCAAGUGGGUCAUACGCCGAGCGGACCUCGAGGAGAAGAUUUUGGUGGUGGUGAAGAAGCGACCGGGUCAUAGAUGCAUAGCCGCUUACAUUGUUGUCUGCAUGGUGGCCUGGGACGGCAUGCCGCGACUGGAGGCGGACAAUGCCUACAAGAACCUCAUCCCGAAGCUCAACAAGUACGGCCUGCCCACGACGCGACGCUGCGCCACCAACGAGAACCGCACCUGCGCCUGUCAAGGCCUCGAUCCGGAGACAUCGGGCGCGUCGUAUAGCUUCGGUUGCUCGUGGUCCAUGUACUACAAUGGCUGCAAGUAUGCGCGGUCCAAGACGGUGCGCAAGUUCCGGCUGUCGGUGAAGAGCGAGGAGGCGGCCAUUGAGGACCACAUGAACCUGAUAGCCACGCUGCUGGCGCCCGUCUUCAAGCAGGUCUGCCCGCGUUCCUAUGACAAUCAAACGAAGUACGAGGGCGAGGCCUCCGACUGCCGGCUGGGCCUGGAGCCCGGCAAACCCUUCUCGGGUGUCACGGCCUGCCUCGACUUCUGCGCCCACUCGCAUCGGGAUCUGCACAACAUGCAGGACGGCUGCACGGUGCACGUGGCACUGCUGAAGCCCGGCAACAGGGACAAUCGCCUGCCCGACGACGAACAGUUUCACGUGCUGCCGCUGUACACGAUGGACGGCACGGAUGAGUUCGAGAGCAUCGAGGGGCAGCGGGACAAGCACCGCACGGGAGCGGUGCAAAUGCUGGACAAAUUCCCCUGCGAAGUACGCGUUCGAUCCACGCCGCUGAUUCCCUGCCGCAGGCAUGGCAAGAAGCGCAAAGAGGGCGACGAGGCGGCACCACCGGACGGCGAUCAAGACGCCGCCGGGGAUGCCAACAGCCAGAGCAGCUCCAGCAAUGGCGGCGGACAGACGCAGGCGCAGUCCCAGUCCCAGUCCCAGCAGAGCAGUCCGCCCGCCCUGAACAUCAAGAAGGAGAACGGCACGGGGGGCUGUGCCAACGGAGGAGGAACCAACGCCAAGUCCAAGUCGAAGGCGAAGUCCAAUCAGUCGAACAACAAUUCCAGCGCCUCCACGCCGGGCUCGGCGCCACCGUCGACGCCCUCGCCCCGCUGCCAGACGCCGGUGACGAACAAUCCCAGUCCGGCGGGCAGUGCCUUCAGCACGCCGCCCGUGCACGGCGCCAAUCCGAAUGCCAGCAAUGGAGCGGCCGUGGGGCAACAGCCCGGGCAGCUGAUGAGCUCGAACUCGAGCCUGAUGAACAUGGCCACGAUGAUAGACACCUUCACGGACGCCCAGCUGCAGUCCAACCAGAUCUCGAGCACCGUCCUGGACUCGCCCUACUCCUACGACUACCAGACGGGCUCCUACAUCGACUCGCGCAACUACUACGGCAACUGGCCGGCGCCGCACGCCAUGGGCAUGGGCACCCAGGCGGGGCCACCCGCUCCGCCCGGUGUGGCCGGAGUGCCGCCACUCACUCCGACCACGCCCACGGCACAGCAGCCACAAUUGACGGCGGGGCAGCAGCAGCAGCAGCAGCACAACACGGUGACGCCGCCAGCAGCCACAGCAGCAGCAGCAGGAGGAACAAUCCUGACACCUGGCGGGGUAGGAGGAGCGCCUGUCACGGGGCCACCUCCGAUCACACCCACCACGACGGCCUCGCAGCACGAUGCGACGAAUGGGGGGUACGUGCCGAGCUACAACAACCUGACCCCGACAGCGGUAACCAAUCUGCCGGGAGCGGGCACAGACAUGCAGCAGCAGCAGCAGCAGCAGCAGAGCGUAGGAGCUGUGGGAGGAGUGCCAGCCGGCGUGGGGGUAGCAGGAGUCGGAGUUGAGGGCGUGGAGGGGCUGAAGGGCCGCCUGAUCAGCGAGGAGAAUCCAGACUCGACAACGCUGGUGAACCACAGCCUGGUGGCCGAGAGUAAGUUAACCGCCUUGACAGCCAUGCAACCGAUGACUAAUCUCGCACCACUCACCACCGUGGCGGCGGCCGCUGCCGCGCACCACCACCAUCCACACCAUCCCCACCAUCCGCACCAUCCGCAAGAGGGUUUCGUGAAGCCGAAGCCUCCGCCCAGCGACUACCAGUACACGGCGCAGUACGCCAACAACUACCAGAUGUAUCCGCCACCGCCGCCGCCGCCCCACUCGGCCUACUCCGCCUACGAUGCGUACCAGAACAUGAACUACAACUACGGGUACCACCAUCAGGCGUACUCGCCGUACGGCAUGUAUCCGCCGCAGCAGACGCCGCCGCCCACGCCGCCACCGCCGUCGCCCAACUGGAAUGUCUACGGCCACCAUCAGACGGGGUCCGGCUAUGGCGCGGCCAAUCCCGCCGCCGGAGGAGGUGGCACGCUGAUAGCCUCGCACGGGGCCGUUGCGCCAACCAUCGCUGGACUGCAGAAACCCACGCUGACGGCACCCGCGCCACUGCACCACCAACAGCACCCGCACCAGCAGCAGCAACACCAGCAACAGCAGCAGCAGCAGCAACAGCAGCAGCAGCAGCAUCAGCAGCAGCUGGCGGCCACGCCACCGCAGACCAUUCUGCCGGAUCUCAGCAAUGGAGCUGGCCAGAUGGGAACGCCCACGGUGGAGCCAACGGUGGCCACGGCCUUGGCAGUGCCGCCACCCGGCGACUCCACAGGCAGCGAUGCCAAUGGCGGGGCAACGGGAGCAGCAGCAGGAGGACUUGGAGCAGGAGGAGGUUCCAGCGGAAAUGCAGGACCCACAGCAUCGCCGGUCAGCACCAACUCCAGCAAGAUCGAGCCCAUCGGCGAGGUGGCGGAGAUCAAUGAGAACAUCGAGGCCUUCCAGGAUCCACAGAUGGGGGGCGUGGCCAUCGCCCUGAACCACGGCAGCGUGCUGAUCGAGUGCGCCAAGCACGAGAUGCACGCGACGACGGCUGUGCGCAGGCCGGACCGACACCAUCCGACGCGGAUGACGCUGAUCUUCUACCAGCACCGGAAUCUGAAUCGCUCCCGGCACGGCAUCGACGAGUGGGAGGAGAAGAUGCGAGUGAAGAAGAUCAACACGGACCUCGACAACAAAGCCAAAGAGGAGCGCGAGCGUCUGCUGAAGAAGGCCGCCGGCGAGGACGACGACCUGGAUCUGGACGACGCGAUGCUCGGCCACGAUGAGCUGGCCCCCGUGCCGCCGUCCGCCAUCAAGAAGGAGAACGGACAGCCGCUGAAGAACGGAGCCAGCGGCAGCAAGAAGAAAAAGAGCAGCGGCGAUGCGAGCUCCAAGAAGUCACAGUCGAACGAACAGCAGCCAAAAAACGAGAAAGUUGCCCUCCACGCACCAACACUAACGACAACGUCGUGGACGACCCUGUUUCCUAUGCAUCCUUGUGUGGUUACGGGGCCCUAUCAGGAGGGCAAUAGCAGUCCGACAUCGUCCACGAAUGGCAGCUCCAACGCCAACGCCAGCGCCAAUGGCAAUGGGAAUGGCCAGGGUGGCCAAACGCCCACGCCAGGAGCGGGGCAGCAGCAGCAGCAGCAAGAGAAGACAAAGAGUUGGCGCUGCCAGUCCACACCAUUCCACACACACACACACAACCAAACACACAGCACACACACACACUGAAGGAAAAGCGAAACCACAAGAAACAUGCAGCUAGUUUAAUAAAUCUAUCAACUUUAGUUUCCUAAGUCAACGACAACAGCGAGCAGCUAAGAGCUGCAGCAGCGAGUAACGAGUAGCGAGUAGCAAGCAGCGAGCAGCCAGUUGUCCCAGUGAGUUUUAUUAUUUGUCUAUGUUUAACAGAAAUGAAAUGGAGUGAAAUCACACUACAAAAGCAAACAAACUACAGAACAAACAACAAAACGAAUACUAAAAGAAAAGAGUAAAUCAAACACACUAAAAACUAAUAAAACAGAGCAAAAUGCUUGAGCAGAAACGAUGGAAAAUACUAAACAGAGUUAGUGGAAAGUUAAACAAAACAAAAACACAAAAAGAUCAUUGCCAAAAGUACAAAUAAACAAUUUUUUAAAUGCAACUAGAAAAACGUAAAGAAUUUCGCCACGACACACCACACACAAACCCAAAAACAAUAUGCAUAGAACAGUUUUAACUACAACAAAAGCCAAGUCGAUGAACUACACUACACGACGCGACACACACACUACACUAGACUACAAAAGAAUACUAUCUACAGUUCAGUUCCACACAAGUUCCACUCAAUUUGUCUGUCCCUUUGGCACUCGGUGCUGCCCAGUGCCAAUCGGAUUCUAAUUGCCACAAAGACAAAUGGGAGGCUGUUCCCCUUGGGUUCAAGCAGAGCAGACUUCCAUUUGGAUUGCUUGAUAAAUCAAUCGUUAACUUCAGAGGCGAGAGCAGAGCCAGCGUUUUUGUUUAUUGUGAGAAGAGAGCGCGAGUGUGGAAGGCAUUAAAGCUGAGGAAAUGUAAGGCAACAAGACAUUUUUGUAAACAUAAUUUAAACUUAGCUUAAGCAAACAUCAACACACAACAACCCCAAACAUAUUUAUUUGUAUGCGCCCAAGGGAACUGUUUUAGUGUAGUUUAGAUUAUGAUUUUUCCCAAGUGAGAAGAGAAGAGAGCUGUAAGUGUGGCUGGCAAAGAGCAGGCAAGGCAAGGCAAGGCAAGGAAAGAAUUCAUUUCAAAGGCAAAAAGGAAAACCCAAAAAGACUCGAAACCAAUCAAGUAUUAAGCACUAAACAACCAACAACAACAACUACUAUAAAUUAACUAAUUAUUUGCCCAAUCAUUUGUCAAGUAAUUGUUGUAUCCAUCCAAGUAAACAAACAAAACAUACAAAAACAAAGACACAAA